CCUCCUUCCCACUUCCUCCUAGUUGAGGUCUCCUGAUCUUCUGCCUCUUUCUGAGUUCCCAAACACGGUAGUCAUAAGGUGGGCUCUGAAAUACAUCUCUCUGCUUUUGUGUGCUUUUUGUUUGGAACAGAAUGGCGUCUUCCUCAUCAUUAACUACAGAGAGAAGAGGAAUACCGGGAGCUCAAUUUGUAGAAGAUGUUCAAACGUAUCUCACCCAAUCUGGUCUCGAUGCCAACUCUGCUCUUUCAUUCCUCCAAGAAAGGCUUCAACAGUAUAAGAUAGUCGAGAUGAAACUUCUUGCGCAGCAGAGGGAUCUUCUGGCAAAGAUCCCUGAUAUUGAAAAAUGUUUAGAUGUGGUAGCAACUUUGCAGGCUAAGAAGGGUACUGGUGAGGCACUUAUUACUGAUUAUGAAGUCUCUGAAGGCAUAUAUUCACGGGCUCUCAUUGAGGAUGCUGAUUCAGUGUGCUUGUGGCUGGGAGCAAAUGUCAUGUUGGAAUAUUCAUGUGAAGAGGCCACUACGCUUCUACAAAAGAAUUUAGAUAAUGCUAAAGCUAGUUUAGAAGUACUUGUAGCUGAUUUGCAAUUCUUGAGGGAUCAAGUCACCAUAACACAGGUCACUAUUGCUCGAGUUUAUAAUUGGGAUGUUCAUCAGCGGAGAAUGCGACAAACUUCUGGUACUUCUACAGAUUCAUGAAAGGAAAGUCUGAUAUAGCCGGAUCACCCAGUUUCAGAGGUGACUAUAUAUCAUUGUUGAGAAUGUGGUCCUACUUUCACAUUGUUUAAUUUAGGUGAAUGGAUUGUCUAUGUAUUCUUGGUGAUACAAAUUUUGGUUCAUGGGUUUCCUGCAACUCUUGUUUGAAUUUCUGGAUGAAGCUUAUUAUAUUUGUUGGGACCAAUGUUUUUUACGUCAUAGGACUUCUUGGCUUGAGCAGUGAUGUCUUUGUUGUCCCCAAUUUUAGGCCCAUUGGCGUGUUUCAGUGUGUAUGCUAUUGAUGUUGAAUAUGAUGUUCAAUUAAUAUUCAUGUUAAA